AUGUCACCUGUGCAGAGUCAGGGAAAGUAUUAUGGUGGUGACAAGUACGAUGAGAACGAUGAAGACUUGCUGGUGGUAUUUUUGACUUCGUUUCCUUCCUAUCCUACAGAGUCCAUCAAACUCCUUUUGAACGAUUGCCACCAAAGACAGUCAAAACUUUUCUCCCUGUCUCCACUGAGCAGCAGUGACGCUGCCUUUGUCUUGAGCCCCCUCACCAAGGGUGAGCUACUUUACAGUUCUGGCCAAAGCCGCCUCCACCUGCAUCUCCGCGAAACCGAACUCCUUACACAGCCUUCCGCCGACCAAAUUUUAACAUCUGCCUCCGACACAACCCUUGACUUCGUCACCUUCAAAAUGAAGGUUCCAGAAAGCGCCAAGAUCCCCACAUUCCCCUCCUCCCUAGAACGUGAAGUCUCCGCGUUUCGCAGUCAUGGCCUUCCCCUUCUAGUGUGGCCCCGCACUCGUGAUAAGGCGACUCUUCAGAAGUACUUAGACGACAAUUAUCCAGACUGCGCUAGAUGGUUCAGCGAGCUAGACAGAACAUUAACCUGGCUUGAAGAAAAGUGGGUGCCUCUCUCCGCGUAUCUGGGUCUCGAGCUACCGUCAGAAUAUUCGACCUCCCCCAAAACCAAAUGCCUUCGCGGCCUUUCGGAAGAUUGCAUGGCAUUCAAAUUGAUAAAGACGCGAACUACGUGCUAUGUGAAUUUGUUGAAGUCUUACCUCAUGCACCGCCGACUAGCAACUCCCGGCUUCCAUCGCAACCCCAUUCAUCAUCAGCUCGCCAAUUUAUGCACGGAUAGAUCGAAUGACCUGCCCAAUGAUUCCGGUUUCUUCAAUGUUGUUGGAAACAGACUUCUCCAGCUGGGGUAUGCUGCCGAGGCAAAUGGAAAAUCGGUCGAGUUGAAGAUCGAAGAAAUGGCUAAGACCAUUGAAGAUUCCCAGAAGAGGGCUCAUUUGUAA